ACGCAGGAGAAACUCGUCGAUUUCAAAAUGUCAUCCAUCAAACGCUUGGUUUAUGCAGUCAUCCAUUUCUUGAGAGAGCAGAGUCAGAUGGAUACUUUCACUCCAGAUGAACAAGAAAGCUUGGAAGUUGCAAUUCAGUGUCUGGAGACUGUGUUUAAGAUUAAUCUGGAAGAUACUCAUCUUGCACCUCCACAGCAUUUGAUAGAAAUGUUCACAAAUUCUUUUCACAAGAAUGACGUGCUGCCUCUCUCAGAUACUUUACCAGAGGAUGUUGAAAAGGCUGACCAACUGAAGGAUGAAGGUAAUAAUCAUAUGAAAGAAGAAAACUAUGGUGCUGCAGUGGAUUGUUAUACCAGGGCUAUAAAACUGGAUCCAAACAAUGCAGUCUAUUACUGCAACAGGGCUGCUGCACAAAGUAAGCUCAACAACUACAGCGAAGCAAUAAAGGACUGUGAGAGAGCCAUAGCAAUAGAUCCCAAGUACAGCAAGGCGUAUGGGAGAAUGGGGUUGGCUCUGACCUCAGUGAAUAAAUAUGAAGAAGCAGUUACCAGUUACCAAAAAGCACUGGAUCUUGAUCCAGAGAAUGACUCUUAUAAGUCAAAUUUGAAAAUAGCAGAACAGAAACUAAGAGACAUGUCCAGUCCUACCGGAACUGGGCUGAGUUUUGACAUGGCAAGCUUGAUAAACAAUCCUGCCUUCAUUAGUAUGGCAGCAAGCUUAAUGCAGAAUCCUCAAGUUCAACAACUGAUGUCGGGGAUGAUGUCAAACGCCAUUGGUGGCCCCGCUGCCGGGGUGGGUGGCCUCUCGGAUUUGUCCAGCCUGAUCCAUGCGGGGCAGCAGUUUGCACAACAGAUACAGCAGCAGAAUCCAGAGCUCAUAGAGCAACUGAGAAAUCACGUCCGGAGCAGAUCUUUCAGUGGCAGCACUGAGGAGCAUUCCUGACUCAAAGGAGGCACGUGAACUGGAAUGGUACAUAACCCCAAAAUGCAUACCAUAGUUAGUAGCAAAAGCACCAUUGUAACUCUUCUGCUUGAAUAGAAGACAGAAAAUUCUUUGUGUGUGUUUGCAAACAAGAAUAAAUCUGUUAAACAGAUCUAUUGCACAUAACUUGGAACAUAUCAUUUAUGUAUAGUUACUCCUCUAAAAAUUAAUACACUAAAUAGGUGGUUUAUUAAAAUCCCUAUGUAAAAGUCAUUUUCAGUAUGUGCAUUAGAUUGAUCUCCAGGGCUAUUGAGUGGGGAGGAGUUUUAUAGUGGGCUGAUCUUGCGUAACAGCUUAAUUCUAAAAUCCUGGUGUGAAAGGCAGAUUACUCUUAUGGUGAAAAUCAUUGCGGCUAUACUCCCUGUCAGUAGUGAAAGGAUAGGCCCCUCUGAUGUGCCCUUUUAUAAUGAGCAUAAAUCAAUGUUGGGCGUAUAUAAUGCACUUAAAACUAAUGCUUGAAAAGUCUGGUUCUUUAAGCCUGUGGAGGGGCCGUUGUUAGAAACAUGAACUAUUUUUCAACUUCAUUGGGCAGGAGGGAGGGAGAUGAUUGCGUAUGAAGGAGCACUACAAGUUGUAGAGAAAGGAAAGACACUAAUCCCGAGUGGGAUAAUGCACAGAAACCAAAAUGAAGCUUGGCUUGGAAAGAAUAUUAAGAAUUUUUAGGCUUUUCUACUGCCAUGUAUACCCCAAAUCGUGAUGGUAGCCCUGGAGGUCAGCAUUAUGGCACUAUUUUCCUAGGCAUGGCAAACUGUAUUACAUUCCGUGUAUAUGCAGUAUUUAACAUAAGCUUAAAAUUCUUAACUGUAAUAAGCUAAAACUGAACCUGUGACUGUACAAAUAACUAGUACUGAAAAUUUAUUAAAAAAUAACUGCCUUAGAAAGAAGAAUUCUCUUCCUAUUCUUGUGUGGUAAAUCACCAGCUUAAUUAAGGAUUUUUUUUUAAGUUUCAUUACACUUAUCUAUCUUAAAUGAUGGUUAUAUGGCCAAGUUAAAUAUUUUCCUACUCUAUAGUAUUUCUGUUCCUACCCUGGCUUUUCUUGCUCAGUUAUUCUUACUCUUUCAGAGAGCACUGCUUUUCUGUAUUUUUAUUAUGUUUUUUUAUUAUUAUUCUGCUUACUGUUCACACUGCUUUCUGUUACAUUUGUUUUUACUCCAUGGAGGUUCUUAUCACUCAUACUUCCCUCUUUUUUUAUCAAAACUAAUUUGAGGAGCCUUCUUUGAUUCCUAAGAGAAGGUGAUCUCUGCUGGGCAGUUAGAUUGGAGAAGGUAGGUGGAGGAAUAACAACAGGCUCCUAGAUGGAGAAAUACACAGGAACCCCUAGACCUCAGGCAUUGUAUCUUAUUCAUCUUGUGGUCAAAAAAGAGCAUCAUCAAGAGCAAAUGCAAAACUUGGGGCCAAGUCAUGUGCUUGACUGUAACAAAAGUGCUAGUUGUGUAUCUAUUAUAUGAGUCUUCCCCUGCUAAAACAGGGAAAAAUGCAGCUGGAUCCAAGGAGAAAGGAAAAAAUUACUGGAAAUGCAAACCCAGGAAGUCCGUAUUACUGUCUGAUUAAUAAAGGGGUAAAGCUUAAUAGAGCAACUUAAACAACUUUAAGACAUUUCACACUUUAUUCAGUAGAGCCUGCCUAUAAGCAGCAUUACAAUAUUUUUUUAAAAUUUUCACUGUAAGUUGCUGUAGCUGCCUUUUUGAGGCUGUAGAUGUACUUAAGCUUUACAUUAAAAACAUUUCCAAGGAACAGCUUCUGAUGUAACAUCUGCUGACAAGAAAAUCCCUUACUUUUUUCAGUGAUAGUUCAGAUCCUGAAUCUAAUCCAUUCCAGAAAACUGCUACUUAAGUUCAGUUAUAUUUAACAGGAGGAUACUAGUUACAAGCAAGAUCAAUGGAGGCUGUAGGUGGGCUACAAACAUUGCCUGGAGUAGUGUGUUGUGUCAGAAGAGAAGCACUGCUCCUAGCUUAUCUCCUUUAAGCUUCACAAUUCCUCUUAGUUCUCUUUCAUAUUUUCAGUUUUUACUAACUUUGAUAAGGGAAACCAAUAAAACCAGAGUGGACCAGACAGCACUGCAGUAUCUCUCACUCAGUUUAUCCUUAUGUUGUGACAGCUAUCUUCAUGCUGUCAGUUACCUUUCUACUUUAAGACAAGAAUGAGCAUCAAGAACAUCUUGAGAGUUCCAUAAGAACUACAAAAUGCAGUAAUAUUCAAAGAGUGCCUGUGGAAGCUGUACUGUCCAAGCCCUGUGGCUUACCAGAUGUACAGGAGAUCUAUCCCCAUGGUUAAAUGGAAUGAAGCAUUUGUUAGUUAUGUGAAAACUGCUCUUGAAAUCGUCUUUAAUAUAGAGUGGUAACUUCCAUUUCACAUACUACAAUAUUGCCAUGUUUAGGUUUUACUCUAGUACAGAUAAUAUGUAACCAGAGUAUUUAUUAAAACGUUGAUGGUAUUAGCUAACCCUUUAGGAAUGUGCUACAACUGGCACAAUAUUUGUAAACAUUCUUUGUUUCUUGUAUAUUAACAGAAAGGGCUUUAUAGCCUGAAUAAAAAACAGAGAAACCAAUAACAGGAGCUGUCAUUACAUGCUUUUCCAUUGAAACCAGGAACAGAGGGAUCAUUUUUGCUGAAGUCUAUUUUGCCUUGAAUAGGCUGGAUUGUUUCACUGAGCCCUGCAAUAUAUCUUAAUUGCAGGGUGAGGAAGGAAUCUUUUCCUGUGUGAUAACUGCACUUUUUUUUUUUUUUUGCACUAAAAUUUUUCAUCCUGCUAGAUCCAAGUAGUAAACCACAAUCCCCACAAAUACGGCUUUAAUUUGAAAUCAACUGCAGUUUAUCAUUCAACGGAGUAAAUGUGCAUUGAACACCUAAUUGGUUUUGUAUCAUUACAGUUCCAUCAGCAUAUAAGCAUGGUAAUUGUUAGAGAAGAAAAUGUUUUGCACUUGAAUUGUAAACUCCUGUAACAUGCUUGCAUGGAAUUAUAUUCUUCUAACUAUGCCUGAUCAUAAAGACACUUAAUGAAGUGUUCUGCUUAGGCGUUGUUUCAGUUUCACUUUUGGUUUUGCAACAAGUACACAGUAAAAUCACGCUUCAUACUGAGAAAGAACCAAGUCUGCAGCUUUGGAUUCCUGCUGUUUCAGGGCUACAGAAAGUCAUACUGGCAAAAUGCAACCUGUCUACCAUGUCUGUGUCUCCUACCUCUUAUUACCAUAUGGUUACAUCUCCUCCAACUUGUGUCAGUUUAACUUGAAAAUAGAUUACAAAUAAAGUUAUUUACAUUUUUUGUCUGGA